CCCCCGCCACAUCCAGGGCAGCUGGCGCCGCGCGCGGGAUGGGGGUGACGGUGGAGGUGCGCCAGGUGUACAAGUACCCCUUCGAGCAGGUGGUCGCCAGCUUCCUCCGGAAGUAUCCCAACCCCAUGGAUAAAAACGUCAUCUCUGUCAAUACUGUGGAGGAAAAGAGAGAUAUAGCAACAGGAAUCAUCUACAGAAAGAGGAUUGCAAUCUGUCAGAAUGUGGUUCCAGAAAUUUUAAGGAAGGUGAGCAUCCUCAAGGUGCCCAAUAUCCAGCUAGAAGAGGAAUCAUGGCUGAAUCCUCAGGAGAGGAAAAUGGCCAUCCAGAGCCAUUGCCUCACGUGGACACAGUAUGCAUCCAUGAACGAGGAGUCUGUCUUCCGGGAAAGUGGAGACAAUCCAAAUUGGACUGAGUUCAUCCAAAGAGGCAGAAUUUCUAUCACAGGGGCUGGCUUUUUCAACUGCAUUUUGGAAACUUUUGCCAGCACAUUUUUAAGACAAGGAGCCCAGAAGGGAAUUAGAAUAAUGGAGAUGCUGCUAAAAGAACAGUGUGGUGCCCCUUUAGCGGAAUAAAGAAUUAUCAGGAACAUGUGGUUUAUCUGCUUAGGCUCAAGAAUCACUUCCCCGCCACAAACAUUAUAGACCCAGUUUUGGAAAUACGGCUCUAAAGAUAUGGUGUCAGCAGCAUAAAGGAAAGACGGACCCUUAUGCCAGGACUGAAAUGAGAACCUCUCUGCAUCGUGCCUCAAGUAGCAGCACUCAUGGGCAGGAACCUCCUGCUGAAAUUGCAUGGCAUUACAGAUAAAGGAAAAUCCCACGCAAGAUGAAGCUGCCCUUCUCCAGGAUGUCCUGCUAACUUCCCAGUGACAGUGUCAGGUUGACCAAACCUGGACAGCCCACUGUGCUCUUCAAUCACGAGCAUCGUUGCUGAUAGGAGCCUUUAAUUUUGUUUUGUUUUGUUUUGGGGGCCACACUGAGCAGUGCUCAGGGCUUACUCCUGGCUCUGUGCUCAGGGAUCACUCCUGGCAGAGCUCAGGGGCCAUAUGGGGUACCCAGGAUCAAACCAAGUUGGACACAUGCAGGGCAGGUGCCCUACCCAUUGUACUAUCGUUCCAACUCCGUGCUUCAAGGGUUCUUGAGAGAACACAGAGUGGAGAGUGGAAAGCAAAAAUAGAAUUCGGCUCCUACCAACUCCUGUGACGUGGAGCAGAUCUGACAAUUUGUACUUUGAACUGGACAAGUGGGCUCAAGAACUUCCUGUCUGUGUUGUGCUGAUCAUACAUGUUUGAUGUGAAAAAUCACAGAUCUGGGUGUCAAACAGACAGACCUUGAUUUGAAUCUGUGUGCUGAUUCCCACCAGCUCAAUGAUCUUUUAAAUCUUUCUGAAAGGACAUACUUCUUAAUCAUUCUGAAGCCCAUUUCCCGAAGCCAUAAAAUGGGAAAUGCAAUGGAAUAAACAUUGUGAGGUUAUUGUUCUAAUUUGAGAUCAUGUGUAUAAAGUGCCUGGCACACAGCUGGGUGCGUUGUAGAAGUCCAGUAAAUAGAAGCCAUUAUUAUUAUGUGGAACCAUUUUGAAAAUGUGCUUUUCAAAUGUAAUAUAAGGUAGUAUUAUUGUUUCAAAGUUAGAUGACAGUAGUUUGCAUUUCUUAUGAUCAGAAGCCAAGAUAUAAAUGUGCACUGCUAAGAUACUGAAGAACAUUUGGAAUUCAUCUUAAGAUAAAAUUUGGGCCAUUAUUGGAAAGUGUUAGGAAAAUUGUUCUUUUUUUAAUAUUAAAAUUUUUCCACUUAUCCCAUUGAUGAAUUUCAAAGCAGUCAUAUAUUUUAAAAAAUCCUUCUACAGUGAACCUUUUAUUGUAUUUGAACUGUUUAUGCUGCCUGAAUUUUUCCCUUAGGAUAAUUUCCCUUCAUUUCUUUAGCGUUUAAUUUUGCACCUGUGUUGGAAGAAAAAUGAAUGGUAAAACCAGAACCAGAAAACCAGAACACACAUGGACCCCCUUUUUCACCUUCUGAGUGGCAUUUGGUAGCCUUGUGAAUAAGGGCCAUUUUCCAAAAGCAAGUAGUGUAUGGAUUAUCAUGGACAUGAGAGACAAGAAAUUUGUAUUUGGAGGAUGUCAGUCUUAUAUUUUGUGCUUAACAAUUUGUAUCCUAUAUUGCCCAGAGUUCUUAACUCUGCCCAUUAGGAUCAACUGGGGAACAAUACUGAUACCCAGGUUAUGUCUCAGGCCAGUAUCUUGAACAUCUUGAACAGUAUCCAGAAAGUCACAUUUUCAAAGGUGAAAAUCAGAUUUCACAUUUCCCCACAAUUAAGACCCAAAUUCUAGAUGGUCUGCAGAUAUCAUCUUAUUUAUUAUUUUUAAAAUGUUUUUGUUUGGGGGGUAAUAUCCAGUGGAGUGCUGAUAAAAUUCCUUGCUCUGUGCCCAGGGAUCACUUCUGGUGGGGCUCAGAGGACCACAUGGGUUCCGGGGACCAAACUCAGGUCAGCCUUAUGCAAGGCAAGUGCCUUACCCACUGUACUAUCUCUCCAGUCACUGUCUGAAUUCUUUCUUCACACCUCUGCGUUAAGAAAGGAUAUUUUGUGACAAUAUUUGCAUGUUAUAGAAAGUGGAGCCCACAGAAGUAGCUGGAGUGACCGGCACAAAUGCCUCCAGAAGUCUGGCAGAGCUGGGGGCCAUUAUCAUAAGGGGAAGGCAGUGGUGCCCAGUUUCUGCCUGGUACUGCCACAUGCCUUUUUUUUAAAAAUUCUAAUUUGCAAUUUUCCAGUAAAAGAAGGUACUGCAAAGGAGAGACAUUCAUCAACCUUUUCAUGUUGGCAAUGAAUUUAUAAUUGCUUAAAACAUUGUGCUGGCCAAACAAAACAUAUUUGCCAGUAGUUCUCAGCCUUCACAGAGCUAAGCACCAGCCUAAAACAUCCCAGCCAAUUUUUAAUCGAUUUUCAUUCUCCUCUUCUUAAAGUGUGUGUUCUGCUUCUAAAAGACGCUUUUCAAUGUGUUUUCCUCCAUUCCCAAGUAAUUCUCUGGAAUUGCAUCAAACACUUUUCCUUACUCAGUAUUAAUACUCCCCCCCCCCCCCCCCCC